CCAGAUUUGUGAUUGAAGGUUCUCCUUCUUAUGUUUCUGAAAACACUAUUGACAUAUGUUGUUGAGAAUGCAGUACCAUUUAUCAAUAGCUACCAAAGUUCUCCUCCUCUCUCUCUUUUCUAUGAACUUCAAUUGUUCAAACACUCGGUCAUGGAUCAAAGCCGGUUACCAUUACACCGGUGAUGAAUUCCCUGUUUCUGACAUAGAUUCCACAUUGUUCACUCACCUUAUAUGUGGUUUUGCCUUUAUAAACUCUUCCACUUACCAGCUCUCAAUCAACUCCUCCACCCAACAAGAAUUCUCCACUUUCACAAAUGUUGUCAAGCGCAAAAACUCAGAAGUCACAGCCUUGCUAUCCAUCUGGGGUGGAGGAGAAGAUUAUUCAGUGUUGUUUUCAUUGCUGAACCAGUCUUCUCACCGGAGAUCUUUCAUUGAAUCUUCAAUAACGACAGCUAGACUUUAUGAGUUUGAUGGGCUAGACCUCACGGGGGCUGUACCAAGAACAAGCAUGCACACCACAUCUUUGGGAACAUUUCUAAAUGAGUGGCGUGCUGCGGUGGAUUCUGAAGCAAAAAAGUCAGGAAAGUCAGGUUUGCUCUUGACAAUGGCACUUCAUCAUCAUAUGCAGGUUAUGGAUACGGUGACUUAUCCCAUUGACUCAAUUAAGAAGAACUUGAAUUGGGCUCAUCUUGGGGCAUAUGAUUACUAUCUUCCUAAAGAGGAAAACUUCACACACCCUCAUGCUGCUUUAUAUGACCCAAUAACAAAUGGGACUAAUACGAAUAGUCGUGUUAAGGACUUGAUAAGCAGAGGACUACCUGCUAGCAAGCUUGUUUUAGGCUUGCCUUACCAUGGUUAUGGUUGGACUCUUGUGAAUCCCAGCGACAAUAAUGUUGGUGCAGCGGCAUCAGGUCCUGCGGUUACCAUAGACGGGUCCAUGGCCUAUAAGUACAUCAAAUGGUUCAUUAAGACAAUUGGAUAUGGUGCAGUUCCUAUGUACAAUGACACUUAUGUGGUGAAUUACUGCACAAUUGGGUCAAGUUGGAUUAAUUUUGAUGAUGUAGAGGCUAUCAAGGCGAAAGUUUCUUACGCUAAGAAGAUGGGACUUCUUGGCUACAAUGUGUUUCAAGUUGGCAAUGAUGACAAUUGGGUGCUCUCUAGGGCAGCAGCUCAAAAGGAAGAAGUGUUAGAGUGGACUGAUAAUAGUUACUUAAAGCAUAACAACUGUUAUUUAAAAGCAGGAUAA